UUCCAUGCAAAUGUGGGCUACACCAUGACGUGUUCACACAACUGGAGCACACAUACAUGUACAUACGCGAACUCACGGCCUAGGCCGUGAGUUGUUGUGGACAUAGGCCUAAGUGUUCGGUGAGAACAUGUUUCUACCUCCAUGGUUUGACGAAACUCCAAAGCUGGUUUGUUUUGUUUAAUGUAUGGUCCAAUAGCUUUGCCAGAGCCUUCGUGAUAUCUGGAACUGACGAUGCCUACGCCGUCAAAAGAGGAAACACCUCUUCUACAAGAUGGAGUUAAUGGCAGGGCCACGUGGGUGUCAGUGGCACUCUUCCUUGUCCUACAGAUUCUCAUCUUCAUCCCCGGUGAAGCUGUGAUGGCGACGCUUGGAGUUCAGUUUGCGCGCUCCUCCUUUGCCCGCGAACGCAACUUCACUCUUCCAGUGGGAAGCAAUGCCUGCGGGACUGCCAACACGAGCCGCGAACUGACCGACAUCCAAAAAGAGACCGCGCUGUUCUCAACCUAUCAAAGCUUCCUGACCGAUCUCAUUCCGGUUUUGACUGGUUUGCCGCUCACAGCAGCUUCUGACUUCACCGGCCGCCGGCCCAUACUCCUCUUGAGAUGUCUGGGCCCGCUGGUUAUGGCCGUAGGAUUCUUGGUGGUAUCCUUCUUUGAGUUGUCUGCUUACUAUGCUCUCAUUGGCUGUGGAGUAUUUGGUGUCUCUGGAGGAUUUGUCCUUCUGCACUCAGUCAGCAUGUUAUAUGUGACAGACAUUGUCUCCCCCAAGCAAAGGGGUGUGGCAUUAGCCGCCAUUUAUGGCAUCGAAUAUGCCGUUGUGUAUUUAGCUCCACUGGGUUUGAACAUGCUACUAGAUGCACUGUCUUCGUUCAAAAUCGUGUAUUUAAUCAUCACCUGCUUCGCCGUGAUGGCUCUCCUGUGGAUGCUUCCGCCUGGCAUCAUACGGGAGUCGGUGAAAAAGCAGCCGGUAGAUUGCCGUGGCCUUACUGAGGGUAUCGUCCAAGGCGUCCGGGACCUUUUCGUGAAUGCCACCGGAGGUCGGCGGUGGAGACUGGUAGUCAUCCUGGCCUGCUAUGCAGUGGUGAGCUUUAACUUGCACGGCUUCCAGAACACGGUUAAUCUCUAUGCUCUUGGAGAACCCUUCUGUUGGACGCCAACGCUUGUCGGCGUUUUUGCAUUUGUUUACGGAGUACCAAAUGCAUUGUUGGCACCCAUCACAGUCUGGUUCAUGGAGCUUUUUGUAUCCGGUUAUUGGGUGAUUUAUCUGAGCAUCCUGUCAGGGAUAGUGGAGUUCUUGUUGACGGCAGUGGCUACAUCGAACGUGGUUCUCAUUUAUGGUGCUUCCUUAGGUGGCAUUUUCUUUGGCAUAUCUCAGCCGGUGUAUAUCGCGCUACUCACAAGACUCGUCGCCAGAAAGUGUCACGGGGCGUUAUUUUCGGUGCACACGUUGGUCUUUUCCCUCACCGCUGCCUCUUCACUCGUCGUCCAGAGUUACGCCUACUCUCUUGCCGUCCAGUCUGGUCAUGCUGUUGUUCUCUUCUACGUCAUGGCAGUGCUUAGUGGUGUUGUUUUCAUACCAACGGUAGUGGUGCACGUUUUGGAGCCAAAAGAUGGUUUCCAUCCUGAUGCUGCGUCGGAAGAUGGAAGUGAACAGAGCAAAGCCGAUUCAACCAGUGGAGAUACCGAUAAAGACACAUUCGCUUUAGCCCCAUCAUCCCACAAAUGAACUUGCCUAAUAAUAUGUAUACCAAGCUGUUCUUUUUGGACACGUUUGCCGCAUGUAAUUUGUGUUAAUAUUCGCUUUUGAUAUUAUAGCGUGACAUCGCAAAAAUCGGUUAUACUGGUCUAACUAAGCUAUCGCCAAGUCAAAGCUGCAUAUUUACCUCGGCAUUUUGGAUGCCAAAGAAUAUAGGGUAGUUUCGAUGGAGAAAUCUGACACGCAAAGAAAUAAUUUUCAGUACAACAGACAGUACCGGUAGAGACUGAAGCUAUGGGAACUGUUUUAAUAUUCUGUUCAGUUUCAAGAAAAUUACUUCAUUUCCACAAUUGGGUUUCGUUAUAUUUAUACAAUUAUACAGAACCCAAAUUAAUGAUCCGCAAUCCUUCAUUCGCACUGUGCAAGUGGUCACUUGCCCUGCCGAACACGCCGAUUCUGCAGCCUUAAUACUUCGAUAUUUAUGCUGAAUACUCCAACCAGCAAAAAACUGAAUGGUUUCAAGGGCAAUGUUUCGGUUGGUUUCUUUUUAAAUUACAUAUCAAUAUAAUAAUAAUUAUAAAUUCAAAUUAUACUCCACACGUAUAAGGUAUAAGCUAAUGAAUGAAAUUAAAUUACGCGUACAGAUUAUAUGCUGCGUUUGUGCGGGCAACA